AUGGUUGACGAAAAGAAACCACUUUUAGAUGCCUCUGGUAGAGAGCAGGGACCAGAAGAUUCCACUGCAACUGCAAUUUUAAGGAGAAAAAAGAAGGAAAAUGCAUUAAUUGUUGAUGAUGCAGUCAAUGAUGACAACUCAAUCAUUUCCAUGUCCUCCAAUACUAUGGAGAAAUUACAGUUGUUUCGUGGUGAUGCUGUCUUAGUUAAGGGUAAAAAGAGAAAGGACACCGUUUUGGUUGUUUUAGCAGAUGAUGAUAUGGAAGAUGGAGCAUGUAGAAUUAAUAGAGUUGCAAGAAACAACUUGAGGGUAAGGUUAGGUGAUUUAGUUACAAUCCACCCAUGUCCUGAUAUUAAAUUUGCAUCUAGAAUUUCUGUUUUGCCAAUUGCUGAUACAAUUGAAGGCUUAACGGGUUCCCUAUUUGAUGUUUUCUUGAAACCUUAUUUUGUCGAUGCAUAUAGACCAGUCAGAAAAGGUGAUCAUUUUGUCGUCAGAGGUGGUAUGAGACAAGUUGAAUUCAAGGUUGUUGAAGUUGAACCUGAGGAUUAUGCAAUUGUUUCUCAGGAUACCAUAAUACAUUCCGAAGGUGAACCAAUCAACAGAGAAGAUGAGGAAAAUAAUCUGAAUGAGGUCGGUUAUGACGAUAUUGGUGGCUGUAGAAAGCAAAUGGCGCAAAUUAGAGAAUUAGUUGAAUUGCCGCUAAGACAUCCACAGUUAUUCAAGGCAAUUGGUAUUAAACCUCCAAAGGGUAUUUUGAUGUAUGGUCCACCAGGUACUGGUAAAACUUUGAUGGCAAGAGCUGUUGCAAAUGAAACCGGUGCAUUUUUCUUUUUAAUCAAUGGUCCUGAAAUCAUGUCCAAAAUGGCUGGUGAAUCUGAGUCUAACUUGAGAAAAGCUUUUGAAGAAGCUGAAAAGAAUGCUCCUUCUAUUAUUUUUCUUGACGAAAUUGAUUCCAUUGCGCCAAAGAGAGACAAGACUAAUGGUGAAGUUGAACGGAGAGUUGUUUCGCAAUUAUUAACUUUGAUGGAUGGUAUGAAGGCCAGAUCAAAUGUUGUCGUCAUUGCUGCUACCAAUAGACCAAAUUCUAUUGACCCUGCAUUGAGAAGAUUCGGUAGAUUUGAUAGGGAAGUUGAUAUCGGUAUUCCAGAUGCUACUGGCAGAUUAGAAGUUUUAAGAAUUCACACCAAGAAUAUGAAAUUGGCUGAUGAUGUUGACUUGGAAAAGAUUGCCUCUGAGACACAUGGUUAUGUGGGUGCGGAUAUUGCCUCUUUAUGUUCUGAAGCUGCAAUGCAACAGAUCAGAGAAAAGAUGGAGUUAAUUGAUUUAGAUGAAGACACCAUUGAUGCAGAGGUCUUAGACUCCCUAGGUGUUACUAUGGACAACUUCAGAUUUGCUCUUGGUAACUCCAACCCAUCUGCCUUGCGUGAAACUGUUGUUGAAAGUGUCAAUGUUACUUGGGACGACAUUGGAGGUUUGGACGAUAUCAAGAAUGAGUUAAAGGAAACCGUUGAAUAUCCUGUCUUACAUCCAGACCAAUAUACCAAGUUUGGUUUAUCACCAUCAAAGGGUGUUCUUUUCUUUGGUCCACCAGGUACUGGUAAAACUUUGCUAGCUAAGGCUGUUGCGACUGAAGUUUCAGCUAACUUUAUCUCUGUUAAGGGACCUGAGCUAUUGAGUAUGUGGUAUGGUGAAUCUGAGUCUAAUAUUAGAGAUAUUUUUGACAAGGCCAGGGCUGCAGCGCCAACUGUUGUUUUCCUAGACGAAUUAGAUUCUAUUGCGAAGGCUAGAGGUGGAUCUGCAGGUGGUGAUGCAGGUGGUGCUUCGGACAGAGUUGUUAACCAGUUGUUAACCGAGAUGGAUGGUAUGAAUGCAAAGAAGAAUGUCUUCAUUAUUGGUGCAACCAACAGACCAGAUCAAAUUGAUCCUGCAAUUCUUAGACCUGGUAGAUUGGAUCAACUAAUUUAUGUUCCAUUACCGGAUGAGGAAGGUAGACUGUCUAUCUUGAAGGCACAACUAAGAAAGACCCCAUUAGAACCAGGAUUGGAAUUAAGAGCUAUUGCGAAAUUAACAAACGGCUUUACUGGUGCUGAUUUGUCUUAUAUUGUUCAAAGAGCAGCCAAGUUUGCUAUCAAGGAUUCGAUUGAAGCGCAAAAAAGAGUUGAACAAACAGAAGUUAAAAAAGAGGGUGAGACAGAGGGUGAUGUUGAGAUGGUUGAGCAAGAGGAUCCAGUUCCAUACAUUACCAAAUCUCACUUUGAGGAGGCAAUGAAGACAGCAAAGAGAUCUGUUUCUCCGGCAGAAUUGAGAAGGUAUGAAGCAUAUGCUCAGCAGUUACAAUCCUCCAGAGGUCAGCUAGGAAAUUUCAAAUUCGAUGAAAGUAGUGGGGCAGGUUCUAAUACUGGUGUUAGUAAUGCGAACGCUACCAAUGGUAAUGCUGCUAACUUUGGGAACACCGAAGAAGAAGAGGAUGAUUUGUACAGCUGA